CCGAAAGCCGCGAAGGCAUCAUCAGACCUAGUUGGAGGAGCUCGUGAAGGAAAAAGGUGUCCGGCCGACUUGAGGCAGCGUAACAGCCCCUCGUUCAUCGGCGAGGGCCGUUCUUCUUCAACGUAUUUUGCCCUCCUGGGUCGGAAGAGGUUAUUUUAAUCAACACAAGGCGUUUACGAUGGCUGAGCAAAACAGCAACGUCAGAUAUCAAGAGCUGGUGAACGAGGAGCCGCUCCCGACGUCCGAAGAGGGUCCUUCCCCGGAUGCGCCACCGCCCUACACCAGCGUCGAAGCAGCUAAUGCAGCUUUCUUUGAAUAUAAGGAAGAUGGCGGCAGAUUCCCCAACCCGCCGUCCUACAGCGUGGCCACCACUUUGCCGUCCUACGACGAAGCGGAGCGAAGCAAAGCGGAGGCUGUCGUCCCCCUCGUCACCGGAAGAGUCGCGGAGGAUGAAUUUGUGGCCCGAGACGACUUUGAGGAUGCCGACCAGCUGCGGAUAGGCAAUGACGGCAUCUUCAUGCUCACUUUCUUCAUGGCAUUCCUCUUCAACUGGAUCGGCUUCUUCUUGUCCUUCUGUUUGACCACGUCAGCUGCCGGUCGAUACGGAGCCAUUUCAGGCUUUGGCCUGUCCCUCAUCAAAUGGGUUCUUAUCGUCAGGUUUUCCACCUACUUCCCUGGCUACUUUGAUGGCCAGUACUGGUUGUGGUGGGUGUUCCUGGCCUUGGGCUUCAUGCUGUUCGUCAGAGGCUUUGUCAACUACUCCCGAGUGCGCAAGCUGGCUGAUCCCACCUACGCCAGUCUACCCCGAACAAGGGUGCUCUUCAUCUAUUAGACCGAGCUGAUCGGGUGUGGCGGCCGAGGACAUGACACGAGGCAGUAAUCAAGACGGCUCUGUAGCGAAUGAAACCAUUUGAGGAAAUAGUCGACUUUUUGUUUGCCAUUGUAUUCUCGGAAAGCGGUUAGCAGUACUCGUCCCUCAGUGUAGUCAGUCAUUAGCGACGCAUGUUAGCUACAUCUUGUGUGUAACGUUUAAUAAGUGAUGCCUUAUUAUUGCUUUGCUAGAAUUACAAGCAUGACUCUUGCUCUCCAAGGAGAGGCUGGAAGUCUCAACAGGUCGUCAUGAUUCAACAUGCGCCAUAUAAGCAUGCAGCUCACUCACUCUAUAGCGCCACCUCAUGGUUUUAUUGUGACUGUUAUAUAGGCUCUGUUCACACACUUGAACAGCUCCGCCCACAUAGCUCACUCAACUGUUAGCUUGAGGGUUAACAGUGUUGUCUCCUGCCCCAAGUGACUCAUUCAGGGUUUUUUUUUUUUUCUCCAACUAACGAUACGUGGACAAAAGGUUCCGGGACACAUUGUACAUGCUCGUAAUGCAUGUUAUGUACAACUCAGGUGCAGCGUCCAAAAUUGCACCCUUGUGGUUAUUGCCCAUUUUGAUGUUUAACCACUCAGAUGAAAUAUUUUCAGUCUUCAAAAUGGAUUUAAAUUCAGUGUGAGAUGUGAAAGAACAAAAUUUAGGCUCACCCAAUGACAAAUGAAUAAAGUUAAUCUUCGGAGUCACUUGUUAAUGGCAUCACGACAAACUGGGAAGUAUUUGCCACUUUGUUAUUGGAUGCCUGCACUUGACUCUCGUUCAUUUUCAUGGAAUUGAACAUGAGCACGGCCAAGGUGCUUGCCAUCCUGUGGGUAGAGCGAGAACUUUAUCAAAGAAUGUCAUAUGCAGGCGCACUUUGACUGAGGAAUCAUCGUUUGACCUCAAGUUUAAGUCUGAUGAAUAUUCUGAUUUGCAUGUCAGGAUUCUCCAUUGAAGCACAACUGUUUUCUUUUUAGCCUUGAUGAUUUCACCUUCAAUUGAAAUGGAAAUUGUUUCAACUUCACUGUCACAGCUUUGAUGCUCAUUUAAAGUGAUGUAGUGACAUCUAUGCGGUUUUGCUGUCCUGACGCUGUACGGAAGAGAAGACCUAGUUCAAUAAAUGUCACGAUGAUA